AUGGUUAUAUGGCUCAAUGUUCAAGUUCCUCUACCUCUGACAACAAAAACAAAAACAAAAUUUGUGGUUUGUAACUGUAACCGUAAAGAAAACAUGGUUCAAGCUGCCAACUCUGGAAUGAGGUUUUACAGCUGCCAAGAGUGUAAAAUUUCUAAUGGAUACGACUAUUGUAACUUCUUCCAUUGGUAUGAUGUUGAGAAACCACACGGGUCGCAACAUGCUGUAUAG